AAUGAGUGUUUACCAAGGAGGUCGGAUGAAGUUAAACGGGUAUUUGAAAUUGAAUUUGGAAAAUCCCCCGAGGAAUUGUUUGCUGAAUUUGACUACAAACCAAUCGCAGCAGCUAGUUUAGCUCAAGUGUUUCGGGCUAAAACUAAAGAUGGUCAUGAUGUUGCCGUAAAAAUACAGUACAUAGAUUUAAUCAACAGAUUUUCCGGAGAUUUUGCUACAAUAUUGUGUAUUCAAGAAAUAAUUAAAUUAAUUCAUAAAAACUAUAAUUUUGGUUGGAUUCUCCGUGAUCUUCGAAAAAAUUUGGAACAGGAGCUUGAUUUCGUUCACGAAGGCAAAAAUUCGGAACGGUGUGCUACAGAGCUCAGGAAAUUCGACUUUAUUCACGUACCAACUGUCGAAUGGAAUCUUACUUCAAAGCGGGUGCUAACAGCUGAAUGGAUUGAUGGAUAUAAAAUAAGUGACUUAAAUCGCAUAAAAAAAGACAAUCUUGACAUUGCUGAUAUCGACAAAAAACUGUUCAAGGUAUUCUCCGAACAAAUAUUUAAUACAGGGUUUGUGCAUAGUGACCCACAUCCGGGGAACCUAUUUAUUCGUAAAAGACAAAAUGGAAAGCCAGAGAUUGUUUUACUGGAUCAUGGGCUGUAUGAACAUCUCACUAGCUCAACACGCUUGUCACUAUGUCAGUUCUGGGAAGCAAUCGUACUAAAAGACCAAGCAAAAAUGGACAAAUAUGCAAAAGAGCUUCAUGUAAAUGAUUCCAAUAAAUUAGCUGAAAUUCUUAUGCAACGUCCAAUCGAUAUGAAGAGACCUACAUUUACAACUCGUCUCACAGACGAAGAUAUUGCUUAUUUUCAAGCAGAUGCAAAGCGCCACUUUGAUGUUGUUCUAGAAACACUUAAACAAAUGCCUCGAAAUAUGUUAUUCGUUAUCAGAAAUUUGAACACCGUCAGGGCGAUUGCACGACAUCAUGGAGAUCCUAUCGAUAGACCAACAGUCAUGGCCAAAUACGCGCAGAGAUGCAUUUACAAUACAUCAAAUUUCAAUCUUACUCAAAAAGUCAAGUGGAUCAUUCGACGAAUCAAAUUUGAUUUCCAAUUAGCUAAAAUUUCAUUGCAAUUUUGGUUUAUUCGUACCUAUUUAGACAUUUUGAAAUUUUUCGGUCGAUCAUCAGUAGAUUCCAAAACAAUUUUGAAUUAUAACCCACAAUAAAAUUGUACUAUUUUCAUAAAAAAUUACUUUUUUCAAAUAUUCAAAUUUCACAAGUUAGUGCCUUUCGGGUUCUGAUCUGGUUUGUAAAAUUCCUUUUGCAAUACACCCAAAUCCAACUUGACUUUCCUUAUUCCAGCCAUGUCUUCUUUUACUGGAAUAAAGUUCUCUGUGGUUCGUAAUGAAUAAUAAAAUUAAUGUAUUUUUCACUGUAUUUCACUAUUUUUGCUGCUUUUGAAUAAUAAAAUAAAAUAAUAAAACGA